AUGACAUCGCGAAAUGACAUGCCGAAUGAAAACUUCAAGAGCUCUGCAAUGACAUCGCAAGAUGACAUCGCGAAUGAAAACUUCAAGAGCUCUCCAAGAUGUUCUAGCAGUACAAUAGAAAAUGAUUCCUUGAAAUCUUUGAGUGGCAUCGUUUCCAGUUUCGCUACUGCCAGUAAAAAGAAUAACUCAUGCGGAACACAAGAUAUUUACGACAAAUUGGACAGUGACAGCGUGUCGGACUCCGGCAGUUCCUUUAGAAUACGCGAGAAAACUUCACAAGUCAUAAAUAUUACAGAUUUGACUUACUCACUGGAGGAUCUGCCCCGCUUAGACAAGAUUUGUAGAGUUAUUGAAAUAUCCGAUGAAUUAUCGGACCAGUUGUUUUCACCGCUCACCGACGAUAACUACGAUAAUGCCAUAAAGAGAAAAUGGUCGUUUCAAGAUUUGUGUGAAAGAAUCAAGUAUGAUGAGUUUUUUAACGGAUUGUUCGAAAAGUCUGCGUCGUAG